AUGAAACAAUUUUUAGACUUUGAGAAAUUCAAAACAGAAAUGGUAAGUAUCCAAGAGAACAUAAGUAAUUUGAAAAAAGCUUCAAAAGCUGAACUAAACAAACUCAAAAGUUUAGAAAACGAUUUAAACGAUGAACUGAAUAUGUUUUACAAUGAAAAGAUCUUAGAUUGGAGUGAACUUGUGAAUUUUUCAAGUUUAGAGUUUGUUCCUGCAAGAAUAAAAAGCAAACAUUCUGGACAAUGUAAGGAAGUUAAGCAAUUUUUCGACUUUGUACAUCAAAGUGGCGGUCAUGAAAAUGGCUGGAGAAAGGACGAUCAUCUUUUAUUUUUGAAAAUACGAGGAAGAUACAAGAAAAUUAAUGAUGUGGCCAUGUAUUUGCACGAGAUGUUACCAGAUAUCUCAAUUGAAGAUAUAAAAUUACACGAAGAAUGGUACAAGAAAUAUUUAAAUUUACAAUCAAAAAAGAAAGAGGCUAUUAAUAAAUGGAAGCAGAAUAAAAAUAAUAAUGAAAAACAUUUUAAGUUAGCUAAUGAUUAUAUUGAAACUGAAGAAAAACAACAAGUUGAACAACAAAUAGAAAAACAAAAGAUGUUUUAUAAAAUAGAAAAAGAGCGUCUCAGAAAGCAGCAACAAAUAGAAAUAAAGAAAAUAGUCAACGAAUGGCGCGAAUCGAAGACUUUAUUUGAACAAUCAAAACGGCACCAGCAAAGAAUUUAUGAGGAUUUAGAAAAAAGACGAAGGGCUACUAAUGCAAACAAACUAAUAAAACAAUUCCAAUCCAUGGACGAACUUCACGUGGAAAAAAUGCGCGAAAUUCACAAAAAACAAACAGAAAAACCAAAAAAACGAAUCCAAUCUGGACCGCCUGUUACCAGAGAUCCUGAACGACUGAUGAAACCUACCGCUCAAUGGGCUCAGAGGGUGAGAGCUUUGAGAGAACCUUGGCAAGGACCUUUGCCGAUUUUUGCUACACCUAAACUGGCUAUUCCAGAAUGGAGGAAAAGUAUUUUGUAA